UUGCAAUGCAAUGCAAAGCAAAAGCACUGCCAUGAAUAUUUUCACUGUUACAACUACUUCCCUUUCAAACCCAACCCUUUAUCUCUCCUCACUAACUACAUUUCUUUCACAACCCAUUCACAAUGAGUAACACAGCCUUCAAGGUUGCUGUCUUGGGUAGUGGAAUUUCAGGAGCAGUUUGUGCAUCAACUCUUGCUAGAAAUGGAGUUUCUGUUACACUCUUUGACUCAGCUAGAGGCCCUGGUGGACGCAUGUCCCAAAGAAGAGAGAAAACUGAAGAUGGCAAGGAGCUGCAUUUCGACCAUGGUGCUCCGUUUUUCUCGGUUAGCAAGCCGGAAGUGGUCCAUCUAGUUCAAGAAUGGGAGUUGAGGGGUCUCGUAGCUGAAUGGAAAGAAAAGUUUGGCUCAUUUGAUUUUCAAACCCUUAAAUUUGACAACUUAGAGCAGGAAGGAUUAAGCAAGAGAUUUGUGGGUGUUCCAGGCAUGAAUUCUAUAUGCAAAGCAUUAUGCAACGAGAGUGGUGUGGAAAGCAAGUUUGGUGUGGGAAUUGGAAGAGUUGAAUGGUUGGAAGAUGAGAAAUUGUGGUCAUUGAUAGGGGUAGAUGGACAAAACCUUGGUCAGUUUAAAGGACUUGUUGCAUCAGAUAAGAAUAUAGUUUCUACGAGAACCGCAGAAGUUACCGGUCGGUUGCCACCACUUGAUGCAGAUCUGAAGUUGCUGCCUGAGUUGUCAGAAAAGUUGCACAAUCUUCCUGUUAGGCCAUGUUUCGCAGUAAUGCUGGCAUUUGCAGAGCCUCUAUCAUCGAUUCCAGUUAAAGGCUUCUCAGUUAAAAAUUCUAAAGUUUUACGCUCGGCUUACUGUGAUAGCAGCAAGCCAGGCCGUUCUGCUACAAGUGAAAGAUGGGUUCUUCAUUCGACAGCAGAGUAUGCAGAGAAUGUAAUUGCUCAAGCGGGGCUCAACAAGCCCUCAGAAGUUACAUUGAAUAAAGUGGCUGAAGAGCUUUUCCAAGAAUUUCAAAGUACAGGGGCUAACAUAUCACAGCCCUUUUUCAAGAGAGCUCAUAGAUGGGGGAGUGCAUUUCCAGCUACUAGUGUUGCACCAGAGGAAAAAUGUCUUUGGGACAGAAACAAGAGACUAGCCAUAUGUGGUGACUUUUGUGUUAGCCCUAAUGUUGAAGGAGCCAUACACAGUGGAUUAGCAGCAGCUUUAAGGCUUAAAGAUAUUAGUUCUAGCUGUUUAUAGUUCAAAGAUUGAAGCCUUUCAACAUUAUUAUCAUUUCUAUUUCUCCAAACAUGGGAGUGUUUUAAUUCGGGUUUAAUACUUGUGGAAUGUUAAUACUGAAAACUCUGUUUUCAUUACUGAAUAAUUGUCACACUUUGUGUGUACAUGAUUAAACUCAACUUAAUUAUUACAAAGAGAGGAAUACAAUAUAUAUAGCAUUGAGACUAA